ACACGCGGCAGAUCGCGCUCUGGGACCAGGAGGAACUGUCCAUGCCCCUGAUAGAGGAGGAGAUCGACGGGCUCUCGGGUCUCCUCUUCCCUUUCUACGACGCCGACACUCACAUGCUGUACUUGGCUGGCAAGGGUGACGGCAACAUUCGGUACUACGAGAUCGGCUUGGAAAAGCCCUACCUGAGUUACCUCAUGGAGUUCCGCUCCCCGGCCCCACAGAAAGGACUGGGGGUGAUGCCGAAGCACGGGCUGGACGUGUCGGCCUGUGAGGUUUUUCGUUUCUACAAGCUCAUCACCCUCAAGGGAUUGAUCGAACCCAUCUCGAUGAUUGUGCCGAGGAGGUCAGAAACGUACCAAGAGGACAUUUACCCGAUGACUCCGGGUACGGAGCCGGCCCUCACGCCGGACGAAUGGCUGAGCGGGGUGAACAGAGAUCCCAUCCUGGUGUCGCUGAAGGAGGGCUACAAGAAGACAUCCAAAAUCGUCUUCAAGGCACCGGUGAAGGAGAAGAAGAGCGUGGUGGUUAACGGCAUAGACCUGCUGGAGAACGUGCCGCCGCGGACGGAGAACGAGCUCCUUCGGAUGUUCUUCCGACAGCAGGAUGAGAUCCGACGGCUGAAAGACGAGCUUGCGCAGAAAGACAUACGGAUCCGGCAGCUACAGCUGGAGUUAAAGAACUUACGUAACAGCCCGAAGACCAAUUAACUUCCAGGGACGUUUUAUAA